AUGAUGUGCUCGAUCUCGGCUGCGAAAGGGGUAAGCCUGCCGGAGGAGAAACUCACAGGGCAACUCAACGUCCGCAACACCUUCCUCGAUUUGGAAGAUGCAGACACUCUCCAAGAGCGAUUCAGCAACAUGCGCAAGGUGAGCUCGUGUCCAGCUCUUUAUGCACAGAAGGAUGACGAGAUGGACACGGCUCAGGGACAUCUGGCUCAGCCUCGCCAACAAGACUCUCCAGCACAGAAGGCCGACACUACCGAUCACUCACGGACGCGGCUUUCCAGUGGCGCCAAGAUGUUCCAACCACGACCAGCAAGCACAAGUACCACAUUCUAUGCUACCCCAGCACGGCCUUGCUUGCAGGUGCAACCAGCACCAUCGAAAAUUAUGAGUGUUCCAGCUCCCACCUACUAUGCGAGCAGAGCACAGGUGGUCCUCGGGUCUCCCGCGCUGCCGAGCCUGGGAUCUGGCGGCCACGCCACCCGCGAGUGCAAGCCUUGCGUCUUUUUCCACAAGAAGGACGGGUGCGCCAGUGGGAGGACGUGCUUGUUCUGUCACCUUUGCGACGAGAGUGAGAAGCGCCGUCGGCAGCGCCAGCGACGCAGGCGGUUGGCAUAG